AUGGCAUCACCCCUCCCGAAGCCUCUACUGUUCGAUCCUAGUACUAGAGAUAAGACGAUGUGGUGCGAAUUUCACGAAACCCUGGGGCACAAAACCUCUGAUUCCAGGAACCUUCGGGAGGAGAUGGCCAACAUGCUUGCCAGGGGACACCUCCGUGAAUAUCUAAGUGAAAGGGCCAGAAAUAAUUACUGGAGAAUCGGGCCUGUGGAAGAGAAAAAUUCCCCUAAUGCUCUUCUUGAUGUUAUCAAUAUUAUUUUUGGCAGAUCUAUGAUCGCUAGUACCAGUUUUCCCACAUCCAAGAACAUGAAAAUCUCGAUCACACGAGAGAAGAGGGUCUGCAAACUCCUGGACGAAGGCAUGAUUACCUUCACUGAUGAGGAUGCGGAAAGCAUCACUUUGCUACACAACGACGCCCUAGUUAUCACUGUGUUCAUCGAUCGCUGCCAGGUAAAGCGCAUAAUGGUCGAUCUGGGAAGUUCGACCAACAUUAUCCGCUGGAAGGUGGUAGAAGAGAUAGGAUUGCUGGAAAAAAUCAUACCGGCUGCAAAAACUCUCUUUGGCUUCAAUAUGUCCAGCGAAACUACUAAGGAAGAGAUCGACCUACCUAUGGAAGCCGGAGGAAUCAUCAAGAUGAUAAAGUUUUACGUGAUCGACGACAAUAUGCAAUAUAAUGCAAUCUUCGGUAGACCUUGGCUCCAAGAUAUGAAGGCUAUCCCAUCAACCCUUCAUUUGCUAUUGAAGUUUCCCACUCUAGGAGGGAUCAGGCAGAUCCAAGGGGAGCAACCAACGUCAAAGGAGAUGUUCGCGAUCGAGGAACCUGACACACACGAACUGGUUGUAGCAGCCAAAUAG